AAGCCAAAGCCAAAGCCAAAGGAAAGUAAACCAAGACAAAGCAAUUGACUUUUUAACCUGCAUUCCUGUAAAUUAAAGAUAGUCCCCCGCCGUUGCCGUUGCCGUCGCCGUUGCAGUUGCAAUUGCAGCUACACUUGCAGAAAAAUCUACAUAAAUAGCAAUAAAAUUAAUUGCGCUUGUCUGCCACAUUUUCCACGCAGUUUUCCAGCCGCUGGCAAUGAAAACCUGAAACUGGACAAAUGUCCGGCAAUAAAAGGCUGCAUAAAACAAAGUGCACAAAAGCACAAAGCACUCUACGUUGAGCAGUGAGUAAAGGGGAGGUAGUGGAGGUAGUGGAGAGGGAGGAGAGAGAGAGGAGAAAUCCUGACAAACUGGGUAAUUGCAGUUGAGGAUUGAUGACAGAGCCGCCAGCGAAUAAAACAGAAAUAAAAUCAUGCCAAAACAUGGCCAAAACAAAUCACUUAAAAUUGUGUGUAAUAAUAGUCGUAAAAGGCACUUCUGUAUUUGGCUUGAUUUGAUAUUGUGGUUCUAUGCAAAUUGCUUCUAUGUACGACCCGUUAUCUGGCCUGCCUCAGAUGCCUCCAAUCAGAUUCAUUUCAAUCAAUUUACCGACUGGCACUGGGUCAGGCCAUACUCUCGUAUUAGCACUGGCAAUUUCCUAUGGGGAUAAAUUAUGCGACACCACACAUAGAUCGAUCGGGGCCGUUGAUGGCGUCACUUACACAUGUCCGAACAGGCAUCAAUAAAUACUAACGGUGCCUGGCGGCAUUAAGUCCGACACUCGUCAGAGUCUCCAGUAAACAGCAAGCAGCAGCAGCAGCAACAGAUACUCUCCACAAGAGUCUCCACAUCUGCCAUAGCCGGAAGUCUUUGUUUGGGCAUUCUCGUUGGUUGGACUCCAUUUUUGCUUUAUGAUUAUUGUGUGAUCGCGUUUUAAUCGCCUCAAGACUCAUUGAAAUGGCUGAUGCUGUGGCUUUUUGUGGCACAUGUGAAUCAUGCACAAGGUGCCGCUUUUCUUUUGUAAACUGGUUUAUUCCCACCCCAUGGCCACUUACCCACUCAUUGGGCUCUAAUCACACCCGCCGUUGCCUAUUGCCGUUUCUGGUUCUCGAUUCUCUGGCUCUAACUGCAGAUCUACCCGCGAUCGCGUGCUGUGGUCUCCGACUUUGUUGCGGCUGGAAAUCAUCUUCAGUUCUGUUUGUGUGUCUGUUUGUGUGUGUGUGUGUGUGUGUGUGUUAGCCGGAAGCCAGCGACAGCCCCACAUUCUGCCUACUAGUAGCAGUACCAUGUGGGCGGGGGCUCUCAGUUAUGAUUACAUUUGUUCUUCCUUAUAAUUCAAUUAUGUACUAGUUUGGGGGAAUGAAGAAAAAAACUGGAAUUCCUGGCUCAAUUGUUGAUUCUUUCUGAGUGACUUGGCAUGUCUGCCUCUGCCCCUCCCUUGAUGGCUGCCUGGGAAGCAGAGUUCUCCUAUUUCGAGUGAUCUUUGAUCUUGAAGCCUUGGGUAAUCUGAUAAAUAUUGCCUCCACUUUUGAUUGACAGCCUUCGUUCCUUCCUUUCCUCUAUUCGCAUUGAUCUCAUAAAUAUGACUCUUGCGAUGCCCCCCACCCCCUAAUGGAGUUGGCUUAGAGUUCUAAGAGCACUAAGCUAAAAGCAGCUUAAUGCACUCUGGGAUAGACACACACACACACACACACAAAACACACGUGUAUGGCAUGUUGGUUAGCUGCAAUGGCUGUUAAGGCAUUUGGCUACCACUCAAGCUUGAUGCUGCCUCAUCCUCAACCUCAUCGUCGUCCUCAGCAGCUGCCGUUGCCUUUGCCAUUGCCAUUUCCCAUUCCCGCUGCUGAUGAUGAUGAAGAUGAAGUUAUUAUUAUCUGACAAGGGCAUCGCCGCCAUGGAAAACGGCAUUGCAGUUGCAUUGGCCUCGCACUUAGCAAAAAUGUUUUCCACAUUUUCCAUCCAUCCUCUGGUACCUUCUACGUGUCUUGUGUCUUUAUUAGAGGCGUGACUAAUCGCCUGAUGGCUGUUGGCUGGUGGCUGAUGGCUGAUCAUCAUCCUAGCCUGGUCUGGCCAUUACGAUUACGCUUACUACUGGAAAACGUGGCCAACGCUUUGCUAUUUACCUUAGAUCCCAUCACUAUUAAGGCCACAACACAACUGUCAAUUUUCGGGGUACACAACAAUUUUCGAUGAUUAUUUCUUGGGGAAAGUGUUGGCGUUGGCGGGGCCUUGAUUCUGUUUCACAGAUUUCCAUCUCGUUUCGAGCGUAAAUUAUGGGCCAUCGAUCAAACGGCUUUGUUGGCCUUGCUUUUUCUCGCUGUGAAAGUUCCUCAAGAUGAAAUUUCCGUAUCGUUUGAAAUGCUGCUGGAAAAUGGAAAAAUAUAAACAAAAGUACCACAAACUAAAGGAACUUUCCCAACUAAUUAAAGGCCUCAUGAAAAAUAAUUCUUUUAGAAAAAAAAACUAAACAAAAAAACAGAUUAAAUAAAUUUAAAAACCAAAAAAAAAUAAAAGGAAAAAGCUAAAAGGAGUAUAAAGAAGGAUAAUGUCAUUGCUAACAAGGAAAGACAACGCGAACUGAAAAAUAAUUACGGCCCCAGAACAAUAAUAAUAAGCAACAUGAGCAGCCUGUCAGCACCGCCAGGCGGCAGUGGAGGAGAUGUUGCAGUGGCCACUGCCACUGCCACAAGCACAGCGACAGCGACUGCCACCGCAACUGCCACGGCCACGGGCAGCAUGGAGCCAGCGAUGGUGCCACGUACCGCCAAUUUGCUGGCAUGCAAACAAUGGUGGCGCGUCUGCUUCUUGUACGGCGACCAGCAGAAAUAUUAUCGACAGCUCUAUAGCAAGGCAGCGGCCCAGCGCCUGGCCGGAGCCAAUCAGGAGAACGACAAUGCGGCCCGAACGGGCGAGGAAGCGGGCCAGGAGUACGACACGGUCGCGAUGGGCGAUGGCGAUUUUAUCGCGGCGCAAUUAGAUGCCGGAGAAGAUGCGGACGAUGGCAUUGAUCUGGGAGAUAGCAGCCAGCUAGGAGGGUCAAGAGUGGCCAAAGGAGCUGCAGUAGGAGCCACAGCGACAGCAGGUCGCCCACUCUUUCCACUCUCCUCCUCGCCGCGACGCAGCAAAAAGCUGCUGCGCUCUCUGAGAGGCCACGUCAAGGCAGAGAGCAGACCGGAGAAGCCUGUGAAGGCAGCCAAGCUUCAGAGCGAACCGUCCAGCGAGCUGACCAAGCGCAAUGCCAGGGUGACCGUGCUCGAUGAUCCCUUCCUCUUCGGCAUCGAUGCCGAUCACCUGGGCGAUCUGGUCAGAGGCAAGGGCAAGCAGUACAGUCCGCUGGAGGCCACCGAGAACAUAGCCAGAUUCUACGAGCUGCAGCUGGAGACGACGGAGGCCACGGCCCAGGUCCUGGAGAUCAUCGAACAGGAAGAGGAGCCCGAGCCACCCAAGCCUGCGCUGCCGCCCAAGCAGAAACAGCCACGUCCUGUGCCCCCGCUGCCGGCUCGGAUUACCCAGCCAGCGGUGCUGCAACCGCUGACCGCCGGCGAUCUACAGUUCCUGAAUCUGAGCCUGCGGCAUCGGAGUUUACCGCGCAGCAUGAAGCCGUUUAAGGAUCCCCACGAUAUCAGUUUCACUUUCAAUGAGCUGGACAUGAGCACGGGCGCCACUGCCUCAGCCACAGGCCCCGGAGCAGCCGCAACGGAAGUGGCCACAGGAGUCGGCGUCGGCUCCGCGCAGCAGGAGUCAAAUGAGCCCAUCAGCCGGACGCCGCUAACGCAGAUCUCCUAUCUGCAGAAGAUUCCCACCCUGCCGCGCCACUUCUCGCCCAGCGGCUGCCACCAGGGACUGCCGCCGCCGCCGGCCCUCGCUGGCUGUGGCUCCGCCUUGGGUCUGCCCAGCAGCUCCUCGGCCAGCGCUCUGUAUGCCGCCCAGAAUGCGGGCAUGCUGCCCACCUCCCCACUGCCCCUGCAGCGCCAUCAGCAGUACUUGCCGCCCCAUCAUCAGCAGCAUUUGCCGCCACUGGGAGCUGGAACCGGACUUGGACACGGCCUCGGACCGGGAGGAUCAGGCGCACCGCAGUAUUCGCCCGCUGUUUCGGGCUGCUCCUCCACUGCCAAAUACUCGAAUGCCCAGCUCCCUCCACACCAUCAUCAGCUGUCGCCGGCGCUGUCCACACCGUCGCCGCCAUCGCUGCUGCAUCAUCCCGCCGCGGGAACGUCCGCCUCGGCACACGCUCCCUUCCUGGCGGGACCCCACAUGGAUAUGCAGCGGCAGUCGCAUUCGGACGAUGACAGCGGAUGUGCACUGGAGGAGUACACCUGGGUGCCCCCUGGACUGCGACCCGAUCAGGUCCGCUUGUAUUUCUCGCAAAUACCCGACGACAAAGUGCCAUACGUUAACAGUCCGGGGGAGCAGUAUCGUGUGCGACAAUUGCUGCAUCAACUUCCGCCGCAUGAUAACGAGGUUCGUUACUGUCACUCACUGACGGAUGAGGAGCGCAAGGAGCUGCGGCUCUUCUCCACGCAGCGCAAGCGUGAUGCCCUCGGACGCGGCAACGUCCGACAGCUGAUGAGUGCCCGGCCAUGCGACGGCUGCGACGAACUAAUCUCCACGGGCGACAUUGCUGUAUUCGCAACGCGCCUGGGCCCCAAUGCCAGCUGGCAUCCGGCCUGCUUCACGUGCUGCAUCUGCCGCGAACUGCUGGUGGAUCUCAUCUACUUCCAUCGCGACGGACGCAUGUACUGCGGCCGCCACCACGCGGAGACCCUCAAGCCACGCUGCUCGGCCUGCGAUGAGAUCAUUCUGGCCGACGAGUGCACGGAGGCCGAGGGACGGGCCUGGCACAUGAAUCACUUCGCCUGCCACGAGUGCGACAAGCAGCUGGGCGGCCAGCGGUACAUCAUGCGGGAGGGCAAGCCCUACUGCCUCCACUGCUUCGAUGCGAUGUUUGCGGAGUACUGCGACUACUGUGGAGAGGCCAUCGGCGUGGAUCAGGGCCAGAUGAGCCACGACGGCCAGCACUGGCAUGCCACCGACGAGUGCUUCUCGUGCAACACGUGCCGCUGCUCGCUGCUCGGACGCGCCUUCCUGCCCCGCCGUGGAGCCAUCUACUGCUCCAUUGCCUGCAGCAAGGGGGAACCUCCCACGCCAUCCGACAGCUCCGGCACCGGCAUGUACACCACCCCCACACCGCCCACGCAGCGGGUGCGCCCCCAGACGCGCAUCACCAGCAGCCACGCCUCCAGCUCGCCGCCCAUGUCGCCGCAGCAACAGCAGCAGCACCAGGCGAGCUUCAACCAGGCCAUGUACCACCUCCAGAGCCAGCAGAUGGAGGCGGCAGGCGGUCCAGUGGCUGGAGGCGGCGGCGGUGGCAGUUUGCUCGGCCUGGGCGGGGAGCUGUCCUUGCUGGAGCAGGCCAAGCAGAGCCAGAGCUACGCCACCUCCGACUCGGAUGCGGGCGUGGUGAAGGAUCUGGAGCACUGCAGGGUGGUGGGUCAUGUCGGAGGCGGCGACUUUACCGACUUCUCCGGUGGUCGCGCCUCCAGCACCUCGCAGAACAUGUCGCCCCUGAACUCGCCCGGGGACUUCCAGCCGCACCUGAUGCCCAAGCCCAUGGAGCUGCAGCGCGACGGCGUCUACAACUUCAACGAGAUGUCCUCGAAUCUGGACGCGGCCUGGCCCGCCAAGCCGCCGCUGGGUGCCACCCACAGCUACCAGCUGCAGCGGCAGCUGAUGGAGAAUCCGCACACCUCCAGCUUGCCCGAGCUGGCGGGGAAGGGUCCAAUGCUGCAGCACCAGAUGGCGGCCCACUUUGGGCAGCAGCCGACGCUUCAUUCCUCCGCGCAGCAGUUCCAGCACGAGUACGCGGACAUCCUGCAUCCUCCGCUGCCACCCUGCGAGAGGGGUGCAGGUGGAGAGGUGCCCGAGCUGCCCACGCCCAACCUGAGCGUGGCCUCUACGGCGCUGCCACCCGAGCUCAUGGGCUCGCCCACACACUCUGCCGGUGAUCGCUCGCUGAACACGCCCCUCUCGACGCACUCGGCCACGCAUGCGCCCACGCAUCCCGUGUCCAUUCUCAGUGGGGCAUCCUCUUCGUCGCCGAUGAGCGGGGAACCCGCUAAGAAGAAGGGCGUCCGCUUCGAGGGAAUCCCAGACACAUUGCCCCGCUCCCGCAGCUACUCCGGCAAUGGAGCUGGCACGAGCGGCGGCGGCGACAAGGAGCGCGAUCGGGACAGAGAGAGGGACAGAGACAGAGACAAGGAGAGGGAUAAGGAUCGCCAUGGGCCAGGACAUUCCUCGAGGCGUAGACGCCGCCGCAAGUCCACCACCUCCACCUCUUCCACGUCUGGACACCACCAUCGCAGUGGCAGCGGCCAUCGUUCGCACUCCACCAGCCGAGCAGACACCUAUGCGCCCGCCCAGCCGUUGUCCUCCUCCUACCAGAGCCCGCCCUCCGUUCUGCAGGCGGACAGCGAGACAGCCCACAAGUCACCGCGCCAGCCGAGGGAACGGGAGCGCGAGGAGUCCGCGGAGGAGUCGGACGUGUGCUCCACGUGCAGCUCGAGCUCCUCCAGCUCCGAGGACUACACGAUGAUGUACCAGCUGCCGCAGCGGCGGCACUACGGCGGCGUGCGCGUCAGCUACGUGCCCAACGAUGCGCUGGCCUACGAUCGGAAGAGGAAGCCCGCGGAGCUGGCCAACGACAAGGACAAGAACUGCAUCAUCUCGUGAUGCUGCCGACCCGCACCCGAGGGCAUUUUAAUUAGAGCUGAUUGCCGAGGAGCGGGCGCAGGCGCUGGCGCAACAGAGAGCAGGCGAAGCAUGGCAAGGGGGGGUUAUUAAUGAGGCGCCCUGGGCACUCCACUCCUAUUCGACGCUAACGAAGUAGCCACAGAAACUGCGAGGGAUCAUCAAUUGUCCGCAUUGAGACCAGAAUGGAAAGGAAUGGAAAGGAAUGGAAUGUAAUCGAGGAAAGAACUCAAGAAAGCAAAGUAAAGUUCAACUUGACAUUAAGGCGCCUAGUUAGGGAGAAACACACACACACACACACACACACAUAUGCAACUCUAUCAGAGGACGAAACCAUACAAUAAGAGCCAGCCAAGUGGGCUCAACACUGUUCCAAAUACACAUCCCUAGUUAAGCUACAAAAGAUCAACUUGCAAAACUAUUUUUAUACGCGAUAGAGUGAAGAUAUUUUAGAGAUAUUUAAAACUAUUUAUACGACGGACAAUUAAGAGAGAGAUAAGAGAGAUACAUUUAUGCAUAUAAUUUAAUUGUAUUUAUUGCAACCACUACAUAAAUAUAUCUACAGGAUGCCAGAGAGAUCUGUGGCAUCCGGGCUAAUGAUAUAUUUUAAAUUAAUUCUAGCUUAAGCCAGUAAAUUGUAUUACAUUCUCUUGAAUAAAAAGAGUGCAAAGAAGGUAUGU